AUGUACAAAGACGAGGAGGGCAAGUUCAACGGCAAAGUCGUGCGAAGAGAGAAGUUUGUGGCCUGGAAAUUCGGCGGCCAGAGAUACGACGGACGCGAUCAAGUGCUUCUGCUUGCCGAGGACAAGCCACGCUUCAAGAAGUCUGGCCGUGGCGAUAUUCCUGACAGCGAUUCAGAUCCCUCCGGCAAGAAGAAGCGCAAGGCGCGGAAGAAGCCACUCUCUGAUGAAGAGUUCAAAGUUACGAACGCCGAGUAUCAUCAAGGACGUCCCAAGUUAUUCGGUUGGGGGCGACUGGAUAUGGGCGAGGUCGGGGCCCUAUCCACCAUCGGCAUUGAACUCGUUGCGCAGAGUUGUUCGUUCUCCGCAACGCCGGUUCCAUCCGUGGGUGUCGUAGAGCGCUUGAGCAACUUCUACAACGAGCACAUUGGUCCCAAGAACCUCGAGUUCGCCUUUGUAGACUCGUGGGACGAAUGUGUUCGUUAUGGGAGGAUCGCUCGCGCCUAUGCCAUCCACGGAACAUUCUAG